GGCUCCAGAGGCCUUAGGCCGGACGAGUCCUUGAAGAGCAAGAGAAUUUGAAAGCUGUAUUCUAGAGAAAUUUUCAUCAUUUCUGUUGCACUGAACGAUGCUGAAAUUUCAAGAAACUGCUAAGCAUGUCACUGUUGCCAGGUCUAAUUCUGCUUGCUCAGAUGCUGUAUUUGCAAGAAGAUACACAAUUCAGAGGAAACUUGGCAAUGGAAGUUUUGGAAGUGUUUAUCUGGUUUCUGACAAGAAAGCAAAACAAGGAGAAGAAUUCAAGGUUCUAAAGGAAAUCUCUGUUGGAAAUCUAAAGCCAAAUGAAACAGUUGAAGCAAAUCUAGAAGCACAACUGCUCUCCAAAUUAGACCAUCCAGCCAUUGUGAAAUUUUAUGCAAGCUUUGUGGAGCGAGAUAGUUUCUGCAUUAUCAUUGAAUACUGUGAGGGUGGAGAUCUAGACUUUAAAAUACAAGAGUGCAAAGAAUCUGGGAAAAUAUUCACUCAAAGACAAAUAAUAGAAUGGUUUAUACAGUUGUUACUCGGAGUCAACUAUAUGCAUGAAAGGCGAAUACUUCACAGAGAUUUGAAAGCAAAGAAUAUAUUUUUGAAAAAUAAUUUCCUUAAAAUUGGAGACUUUGGAGUUUCCUGUCUUUUGAUGGGUUCUUGUGAUCUUGCGACUACAUUUACUGGGACACCGUACUACAUGAGCCCAGAGGCACUGAAGCACCAGGGCUAUAACACAAAAUCUGACAUUUGGUCUCUAGGAUGCAUUUUAUAUGAGAUGUGCUGUAUGAACCAUGCAUUCAGUGGCCACAAUUUUUUGUCUGUGGUGUUAAAAAUUGUAGAAGGUGAUACACCUUCUCUUCCUGAUAGAUACCCAAGCAAACUGAAUGCUGUGCUGAACAGCAUGCUAAGUAAGAAUCCUUCACUGAGACCAGCAGCAGCAGAGAUUUUAAAAAUCCCUUAUAUUGAUGAGCAACUGAAGAAUGCACAAUACAAAUUCACACCUAUGCCUGUGGAAAAUAAAGCAUUUCACUGGCAGAAAGAAGCCGCUCAUAUUGUUGAUGCUGUGCAGAGGAAAGUCCAUUUGGAAACCCUGCGGGAGCGCUCUGAAGUGCAGAGGAUGACGCCGCGGGAACGAAUGAGGCUGAGGAAGUUAAAUGCUGCGGAUGAGAAAGCAAGGAAGCUGAAACAGCUGGCAGAAGAAAAAUAUCAAGAAAAUAUCAAAAGAAUGCAAGAGUUCAGGUCCCGUAACUUUCAGCAGUUGAAUGUCAACGUCCUGCACGAAUCUGGUGAACAGACUUCAACCCCCCUAAUUCAUUCUCAGCCAGUCAUUACACAGGACUGGGUAUCCACGGGACAUGAUGAACCAUGUGGAAACGAGACAUCAGGUCAGCUCUGCGUGUCUGAAAUUAUGGAGCAUGAGAUCCCUGAAGACCCACAAAUCGCAGAAGAAUAUUAUAAUGAUGAGUUUGAAUCCUGUUCAGAAAGCAGUGAAGAGGAAGAGGGUGUGGAAGCAUCACAGACUAUCUCUAAGACAAAUCACCAGGACAGUGAUAUUGAGGCAAUGGUCGAGUAUUUGGAGAGGGUCCUGAAUAACAACAGCUCAUUGGGCUCUGGGACCAUCACCAGAGAGGCUCCUGAAGUGCCCCAGGGAUUCAGAGCUCUCAACAGCACUAUGGCUGGGACCAAGCUGAAACGCAUCAGGGAAUCUGCCAUUCAGAAACUGGGAGAGGAAGUAUUUGAGCAAGUGUACAGCUAUCUCAAGCAAGCUAGACAGCAGAAGGCCAGUGAGGACGAGGUCAGGAGGAGCCUGGAGAAAGUGGUCUCUAGAGCAAGUGACUGCUUCGAAGUGGAUCAGCUUCUCUACUUUGAGGAACAGCUACAGGCUUCAGAAGCACACCUUCAAUCAUAAAAAAAACGUGUCAGUAACAGGCAGUGCUGAAAAUGUAAGUGAAAUUGCUGAGCUACCUUCUUCAGGCCAGCAAACAAAUACUUUGCCACUGAAGGUAACAGAAGUAGCUAGAUGUGCAAGUAAUUUCUGAUAUUCCCGGCUGUGCAGUGAGAGAUGAGUACAUGCUCUAAGGCUACGAGGGUAAGGUUGCAAAAAUUUGUGACACUGGAGGAGAGACUUCACAGUUAUCAGUAUCCUUUUUUCACCACCUGGGGCAAAAAGGAAGGUAUUCUUUCAGGUCUUGGCCAGGUUUCAGCGCUGCACUCACAGAAGUCAUUGGUAAAGUUGCCUCUUCUAGGAACGGUGCAGGAUUUGAACCCAGGUGCUCUUGAUUCGUGUGGUAACAGUAGCUGUUUUUUAUGACAUUCAAGCACACACCUUUUGUACUGUAGCAGACUUACCCUUGAACAUACAUGUAUAGAUAUGACCACUCAGCCAGAAUUGUGUUGUUAUUAUUGAUUGUCUGUGUGACUUUCAAAGGAACUGUGAAAAUACAUACACACACAUAUAAUUUAUGUAUGUGUAUGCAUACAUACGUGUACAGAACUGUGCAUGUAUAUGCACAGAGACAGAAAGAUGUUAGGCCAGGUAUGCAUGCACGUGUGCGCAUGUGCAUGUGUGUGUGUGUGCAGAGAUAGAGACGUAAGGCCUGAGCUAUAGCUGACUGUGGUAACUGAGAAUCCUUGUGACUUCUGACAGUUUUAGAUCAAAUUUGGUUGAAAUAAUAAACUGAUCUUUUGGCUUGUGCACAGAUAUUGUUAAUGUUUUAUCCUAGUAUUUAUGCUCAACUCCUUAUAUGCAUCAUACUUUUGUGGAUUUCGAAUGUAUCUCAUGCUCUGAUCAUAUACCUGAUGUUUUUCUUCUACCCUUUCUUUCUUUUUUCCCUGUAUUCUGAACUCCUUCAUCUAUCUGUGAAAAGCACUAAAGCAAAACAAAAUGGUACUAUCUGUAGAGGAUUCUCAAGUGAAUUGUAAGCCAAAUUCAUUUUAGUCAUCUAGCCAUCUUAAUCCUUAUGUUUCCUACUCUUGUGCUGCACUGUACACUGCAAC